AUGAGAGCUUACCUCGAGAAGCCAAGAACCACUGUUGGCUGGAAGGGUUUGAUCAAUGACCCAGAUAUCGAUGGUUCUUUCGACAUCAACAAGGGUCUCCGUAUCUCCCGUAAAUUGUUCGUGCAAUUGACCGAGAAGCUUCCUAUUGCAGGUGAGAUGUUGGACACCAUUUCCCCACAAUUCUUGUCUGACUUGUUCAGUGUUGGUGCCAUCGGUGCUAGAACCACUGAGUCUCAAUUGCACAGAGAAUUGUCCUCUGGUCUCUCUUUCCCUGUUGGUUUCAAGAACGGUACUGACGGUACCUUGGGCGUUGCUGUCGACGCUUUGAGAGCUGCUGCUCACCCACACCACUUCUUGUCCGUCACCAAGCCAGGUAUCGUUGCCAUUGUUGGUACCGACGGUAACGAGGACUGUUUCGUCAUCUUGAGAGGUGGUAAGCAGGGCACCAACUACGAUGCCAAGUCUAUCGCCGAGACCAAGGAGUCUUUGAAGAAGGCCAACGUCCGUGAGGGACGUAGAAUCAUGGUGGACUGCUCUCAUGGUAACUCCAACAAGGACCACAGAAACCAGCCUUUGGUUGCCGCUGAAAUUGCCAAGCAAAUUUCCGAGGGUGAGCAAUCCAUUUGUGGUUUGAUGAUCGAGUCCAACAUUGAAGAGGGCAGACAAGACGUUCCUCCUGCCGAGAAAGGCGGUAAGGACGCUUUGAAAUACGGUUGCUCCAUCACCGAUGCUUGUAUCGGCUUCAACGACACUAUCUCUGUUUUGCAAACUUUGGCUGACAGUGUCAAGGCCAGAAGAGCUCUCUAG